GUCUUUGGUGGUCACGUUAUGAAAUAAUGAUAAGAAUCGCUUAUCAGUUGCUCAAACGGUUUUGGAAUCGCAACAAGAAAACAAGGACAAACAUGAUGAACAUGAUUAUAUUUGUACUUGUGAUUGGCUCUUGUGGUAGUUCCUUCGGGUUCAUUUAUCCAAACAACGCAUGUUGGGAAGAUGGUCAGUGUCAACACGGGGGUACCUGUCAAACUGCACCGAAUCAUUUCCUUUUGAAGAAUUGCAAAUGCAAACCCGAAUAUACGGGGCAUUACUGUGAACAAAGAAUUACACCAGCACCCCAAAUACACACAACGCAAAUCACAACACAAGCGCCGACCACAAGACCAGUGGCAACCACCACAUUAGAAGCAACCACCACACCAGUGCCAACGACAACACCAAUGCCUACGACAACAACGAUCGCGACGACAACAGAGUUGCACCUGUACACAGACACGCCUCACUGCGCGAAAUACAGCAUUGUGUUCGACAUUGCUGAUACUAUUAUUUCCCACAAUGCCCUCGCGUCUGUUUGCUCAUCUUCCGGCAAUCAUUCGUCCCCCGAGGCAUUCGUACUCAACCACUGUGAUCUGGCAAUUAAAAACCCAAAGGAAUGGCAAAAGGGGCAUCAGGUCAUGACCAACUGUACGGCUGUACCCGCAUACACACCAGUAAUCGAAACAUCCGGAGAUGAAUUCAGUUCCGGCACUCAUCGGUCAGGAAUCUUUCUGGAAUGUCUGCCGGAACCCGAGGGCUUUAAGAUGGUUUACCAAGGCUGCGACUCGAUUCCCAUAAUUGAGCACGUGACAUCGGAUAAAGCAAAGCUGUUUUAUACUGUUCAGUAAACUUACCGUAUCCCACCUCACAUGGCUGGUACACUUGACAAUGCAAAUAAAAGCCUGAAAUUAACAA